UUCCAGUUUAGUUAAUUUCAAGUCGUGCUCCCAGAUGCAGCUUGAGUUCGGUUUGAUUUGUGUGCUUCUCGCCACCGGAGCUGUGCGAUCAGCCAGCUUGGAAGAUGCCAAAUGCGGUUACAUAAGCGAGGAGGAGCUGCUAAGGCAGAAUAAUUUUGCGGUCCCCACGGAGCAUCAGUGGCUGGCACGCAUUAUGUAUAAAAAUGGACACGAGACAAAGCUGCCGAAUGAUGGAUGUCUCGGUGUGCUCAUAUCCCUGCGUAAUGUUCUGGCGCCCGCCCACUGUUUCCUGCUGUACGAUGGGCGUGCCAAUGCCUACUCUGUGCAGCUGGGCGUAUGGAACAAGACCUCCAAGCCGCUCGAACCCGACUGCGCUGAGGAUGGCUACUGCGUAAUGCCUGCCCAGGAAAUACCGCUAGAAGGGAUCGCUGUACACCCCGAGUACGACCCAGUGACGCUGAAGCAUAGUCUGGCGGUGCUCACACUCAAGCGGGAUGCGAGUCGGACAACAAAUGUGAUGCCCGUCUGCAUGCCGCCCUCGUCGUCGUUGCAUGAGACUCUGGUGGGACAGCUGUUCGUUGUAGCCGGCCUGCCCACCAGUUCUGAGCUCAAGCACAAGACCUGGGUGCAUACCAUCAGCAGACCCUAUUGCCAGGAGAAGCAUGGCGCACUCGUUACCAACACCCACACUGUCUGCGGCUACCAGGAUCGCAUGAAGAUGUAUUACGUGGGUGCACCACUGGUGGGCAUACAGGUGAGCUCGGAUGAGCCGCAAUACUUUUACCUGGUUGGCCUGCUGCUCGACUCCAAAAAGGUGGACGAUAAAGAGCUCAUCGUAGCCAGCUUUUUGGAUUUGCGUCACUAUAUUGGAUUUAUCAAUCGCAAUGCCGAAUUUUAAUUCUGAAUCGUAAUAAACUGAGCCGUGCAACAGCUCAUAACAGGUCGGCUGUAUUAAUUAUUCAA